AACAUAUAAAAAUUAAAUUUCUCUGCCAUGACAGACGCUUUUACAUAUCAGAAGACGAGAGAGGAGUUCGGAAGACAGCCGAAUUUCAAGGACACAGAGACGAAGAUCAUCGGUUACAUUGAGCCGGAUGAUAAUAUUAGGAAAGAGUAUUCUCUCCAAGAUCCCAAAGAACUUGUGUUAGACAAUAUCCCUAAGUUCUCUGAACAUGGAGUCAACACUGAAAGAGUUGCAACUAAGAAUAAGGGUAUGAAGCAUGUGGAGGGAGGAUGGCCUGAUGGUAUUGACCCUACAGAACCAGCUGAGGUUGCUAGAUAUGCCAAGAAGAUGGAAAGAGAUCCAAAUAUUGGCUUCUCGCAAGCUGUGAGAGAGACCUCUAAGGUCGCUAUUGACUGCAUCAAGCAAAAUAAUGAGAUCGAUCAGUUUGAAGAGUAUUUCCCAGGUGAGAUCCCUGACCACCAGUCUGAGAACAUUAGCACCAAGACGCUGAUGCUGUUCAAGGACCCGAACAAAGUUCAAAGAGCUAUUUCCAGGAUCACUUGGCACCCAGACCAGUCUGAAUUGAAAAUCGCCGCCUGUUAUUCAAUUUUGAGGUUCCAGCAAAUGCCCAAGCACAUGCCUUUGGAGUCGUAUAUUUGGAAUUUGUCAAACCCAAAUGAGCCUGACACCACUCUGGUACCUCCAUCAGCCUUGUGCACAAUUGCUUUCAACCACAAGAACUCGGAUAUAUUGGUAGGAGGGUCAUACAAUGGCUCAUUGUCAUUCUUUGAUUUACGUGAAGGUAACUCAGAUGGUAAAUGCUACCCAACAUCGACAACAGUUUUGGAGAAGUCUCAUCACGAUCCUGUCUAUGAUAUUUACUGGUUGACUCAUUCCAAGCUCGGUGAUGAGCUUGUGUCUACUUCUACAGAUGGAAGACUUCUAUGGUGGGACAAAAAGAAACUUAGCGAACCGGUCGACGAGCUCAUUGUCAAAGAAGCAAUUCACGGAAACGAAGAAGAAAAAGUCCUCGGCUGCACGAGAAUCGAGUAUAACCAAGAGCCUUCUCCGUUGAAAUACUUAGCAGGAACAGAGCAAGGAUAUAUCUUCUUGGCCAAUAAGAGACAAGGCAAAACCACAGAGAUUAUGCAGAGAUUUGGUGUUACCUCUGGCAAGCACCACGGGCCUAUUUAUGCUUUGCAAAGAAACCCAUUUGCGCCUAAGUUCUUCAUGAGUGUCGGUGACUGGACUGCAAAAGUGUGGUCUGAGGAUCUCAGAACUCCAAUCAUGCAGACAAAGUACCAUGAUUCCUACCUGACAGACGGGUGCUGGAGCCCUCAGAGGCCAGGAAUCUUCUACCUCACCCGGAUGGACGGAUUCAUUGACAUUUGGGACUUUUAUUACAGGCAGAACGAAGUUGCUUAUUCCCAGAAAGUGUCAGAUAACCCUCUGACUUGCAUCUCGAUCAAUGGCUCGAGGGCGGCUCUCGGAGACAGUGUUGGCUCAAUCACACUUAUGUCUCUGUGCAAGAGCCUCUAUGAGCCCCAGCAAGGAGAGAAAGAAGAAAUGAUUAAAAUCUUCGAAAGAGAAGCUGCCAGAGAGAAAAACCUUGAAAUUGCAAAGAAACUCGCUGACAGCAAGAAGCCUGCAAAGCAAACUUCUGAGGACUUGGAAGAGAAAAGAAGGAAGGAACUCGAAGCUGAACUCCUCGACAUUGAAGAGAAGUUCUACCAGACUGUGGGCAUGCAAGGAGGUGAUGGUCUCGGAGCUGCAGAGCCUGACAGGGAAGAGCGUAAAGACGAACAGGAUUACAGAGAACCUGAGCCUGAACCUGAGCCAGAACCCGAGCCUGAGCCAGAACCAGUCAAGGAGCCGUCCGAGAAACAGCCGUCCGAGAAACAGCCAUCUGAGAAGCAGCCAUCCGAGAAAGCUCCAUCUGAGAAAGCUGUUUCUGAGAAAGCUGUUUCUGAGAAACCAUCUGAGAAAGCAGCUUCGGAGAAGCCAGACGAUAAAGAGCCAUCAGACCAUGAAGAAGACAAAGAGCAAUCUGAAAAGCCAGAGGAGGAGGAGCCAUCUGAAAAGAAUGAUGCCCCUGAAGGAAGCCAUCAUUCAGAGAAAGACAAAGAUGAUAAGGAUCCCUCAGAGAAGAGUGGAGAUGCUGGAGCAAAGGAUGACGAUAAAAAGUCAGACAAGAAGGAAGGAGAGGGAAAUAAAGAGUAG